CUUCCUCGAGCAGUGCCAAAAGAGGUACCUUAGUGACUGACCCCCACCCCGCGCCAGCAGUGGGCCAUCCAUCCAGACCACUACAUCAUUUCCAUCCAAUCCAUCACCACCACCCAGCUUAUAAUAAUCUGCCAUCUCCUCAUCCCACACCUGCACAUUCCCAUUCUACCAACUCACCCCUCAACCACCACCACCACCACCAUAACCACAACCAUGUCUCAAUCCCACCCCGGCAUUCUCCACGAAUACGUCCCCCGCCUGAUCGCCCACGAAUUCACCAGCCCAAUCCCGCACCCGAAACGCAACGCAUUGCUCUUCAUCGGCGGCCUCACCGACGGGCUGCUCACAGUCCCCUACGUAAAAACCCUCGCCCAGAGCCUGACCAGCUCCCCAACCAACACAUGGAGCGUCUUCAACGUGCUGCUCACCUCCUCCUACCUCGGCUGGGGCAUCGGGAGCAUCGACCGCGACAUCGAAGAGAUCGGGCAAUGUGUGACUUACAUCCGAUCGCUCAGAGGCGCGGACACCAAGGUCGUCAUCAUGGGGCACUCGACCGGUAGCCAGGACGUGCUUCACUAUCUCUCGGCGCCGAAUCCUCUGCCCCGGUCCCAGUCCCAGUCCCAGAACCCGUCUGUCGACGAGGGUCUCCAAUACCUCACCCGUCCGCCCGUCGACGGCGCCAUCAUGCAAGCGCCGAUGUCGGAUCGGGAGUUUCUGCUGAACAUGCUGAAGGGGAACCACGAGGCGAGCGCGGCGUACGCGCAGCUCGUGAAUAUGGCGAGGAUCGCGGACCCGCGGACCCUCCUGCCGCUGAAUCUGACCGGCGUGGUGGGGUUUGAGCCCGGGACGCCGGUCAAUGCGGGUCGGUUUUGGAGUCUGGCGAGUCCCGAGAGUCCCGCGGUGCCGGCGAAGGAUGAUUUGUUCAGUUCGGAUCUCGGCGAGGGGAGGCUCGCGGAGACGUUUGGCGUCGUGGCUCAGAGGGGUCUGUUGGGGUAUCGGUUGAUGGCGCUGUAUUCGGGCGAGGAUGAGUACGGGGUGCCCGGGUUGGAUAUGCAGGCCAUGUUGGAGAGGUGGAGGGUCGCGACGGAUAAGGGCGCCGUGGAUGGAGAGGUUAAGUGGGACAAGGAGGGGAGUGCGGUCAUUCCGGGCGCGACUCAUAAUGUUAAGGAUGUGGGGCAGGAGGAGUUGGUGGAGAGGGUGUUGGGGUAUUUGGGUAGGGUGGAGGGUUGGUAGAUAGGAUCUAGUGUGUGUGUAUAUAUGGUGUGCAGAGUGAAUCGCUAUUUUAGGCCUUCUGGGCAUGCCAUAUCAAGAAAUCUUGUUGGCUAAGAUC